AUGGAUUGGGAUGAGGAAUCCAAAGUGAAAAAAGUGGACGCAGUGAAUGGAAAGCGGAUUCUGCUAAGAUUUCUGGUAACAGAAUGGAAACAAACAUCCACCAAAACACCACCAAAAACCCCAGAAGCUUUUCCUAUUGAUGGCAAACAUCGUCAGCAGCAACUGAUCCUUGAUGUUAGUCAGGUAUUCCAGUGGUAUAAGUUUGAUGUUGGGCCUGUAUUUAGUGAGAUGAAGAGAAUAAUAAACGCGAUCUUCCGGCCGUUGAAAAAUUUUCGUGAACGAAAAGUACUUCCGAAAAUGUAUUUUCGCGCUCCUACAUUUUCCAUCUUGUGCGGCAAAUAUCUUCUUUUAGUAACUGGUUUUCUAGCUGAUCAGGUUCUUGAUCCUGCUCCACUGUACAAAGAGGAAAGAAAGUACUAUGACGCGAUACAAAAAGAUGAAAAUAUUAGGAAGGACUUGGCUACAAAGCAUGAACAGCUGGUAAAUAAUAUGUAUAAGUUUAGUAUUCAUUCUAGCCAAGCCAAAGAGAAAUAUCCGUCUGAGAGAAGACUCCCAACUUGGGAAAGCGAGUGGGAACAUCGAAAUGACCCGAUUUGGGAAUAUGGAUAUUACGAACCUCCGGUAGAUAAAAUACCCAAAGGGAAACUUAUGUUUCGAGAAGCUAUAGAAAUUCUACAUGCUCGGCAAGAACUGUUUGGGGAUCAGGACAUUCCACGUACAAAAAUAGCAGAAUCUAAAAAACUACUGGAAGAUCACCCGGUGAAACUCUUUAUUAUUGGGAUUUUUUGUACCCACUGGAAAGGUAGAAAGGAAUUUGUUGCUUGUGCUGGGUUGGGUGUUCUGAACCCACAUAAUCCUUCUAUCCUUUUUAUGCAUUUGACAUGUGACAAUUGUAGAAUUCAGGUGGUCAGUCUUUCUGAAUUGGAAAGGUUACAAAGGAAAAUAGAAUUUAAAGAAGGACAGAUUAAAAGUAUUGGAGAUAUUGACAUUGAUUUCAGACGGUUUUUACGUCAGAAUCCACUUGAGGAAGAAGUUUAUGACAAGCUGGGUGAAGAAGAGAAGCGUCGUUUUCUAAAAGAAACUCUGUUGUUGCAUGCUGAAGAGAAGAAACGCUUGAAGGAAAGGAUGGAAAAGGUUUCUUGGGUUUUAACUUGGCUUUGUUUCUCAAUGGUUUCACUUGUAGGAGACGAAGACGGAGCGAGAGUAGCAACGGGACUAUUAGGUCAAAGUUAUCGACUUAGAUUUCUACCCGAGCUUGAUAUGCAGUCGGAAAUAGAAGAACGGGGAACAGGUGACGUCGAGAAUGACGAUGUUAAAAAAGGAUGA